GCACCCCUCCCAUCCCCUUUCCUCCCGAGUCCCUCGCAAUGACUGGCGAACGGAGGCACAGCACGGAACACGUAUGCAGCAGCAGCAUCUUCGCUCUGGCCGUGUGAAGAGAUUGCAGUGUGUGCUUCCGCACCCGAAGUGUUUCAGGAUAUUAAAAAUUCACCAACAAUCGACCAGCCCUCUGAAUGCCGAACGCUACGUCAACAGACUGAUACGUUUCCACGCCGUAAACAUCCCAUCGUGCGUUUAAUUCGCUUGUACGGUUAGGCAAGCGCUGUCCGAGAGCAAAAAUGUUGGAUCCAUCCUCCAGCGAAGAGGAAUCAGACGGGAUAGUGGAGGAGGAAAGCCGAGAGGUGAUGGCUCCUCAGUCCGGAUCCUCUCGCAUCUCCCCCAGCAGGACCAGCGAGAGCUCCGAUAGGCUCCAACCCGCCAGCCGAGGCUCCAGCGCCCGACCAUCCAGCCCGAGCCCGUCGGCCGCCAGCGAGCAGGAAAAGGAAGACGUGGAGAAACUGCAGCGGGAAGAAGAGGAACGAAAGAAGAAGCUGCAACUCUAUGUCUUUGUGAUGCGAUGCAUCGCAUAUCCUUUCAACGCCAAGCAGCCGACCGACAUGGCAAGGCGACAGCUGAAGAUCACCAAGCAGCAGCUGCAGACCACUAAGGACCGCUUUGAGUCUUUUCUCAAAGGAGACACACAGAUUGUGGCGGAUGAAGCUUUCAUCAAUGCAGUUCAGAGCUAUUUUGAGGUUUUUCUAAAGAGCGACCGUGUUGCUAAGAUGGUCCAGACGGGAGGUUUAUCCGCUCUUGACUGUCGCGAGGUGUUCAAACGGCAUAUCGAGAAACGCGUCCGGAGCUUGCCAGAGAUCGACGGUCUGAGCAAGGAGACUGUGCUGAGUUCCUGGAUGGCUAAGUUUGAUACCAUCUACCGUGGAGACGAGGACCCCCGCAAGGCACAGCAGCGCAUGACAGCCAGCGCAGCUUCCGAGCUCAUCCUGAGCAAAGAUCAGCUCUACGAGAUGUUCCAGCAGAUCCUGGGGAUCAAGAAGUUUGAGCACCAGCUGCUGUACCAAGCUUGCCAGUUGGAUAAUCUGGACGAGCAAGCAGCUCAGAUCAGGAGAGAACUGGACGGACGUCUGCAGAUGGCUGAUCAGAUUGCCCGGGCUGGCAAAUUCCCCAAGUUUGUAUCGAAGGAGAUGGAGGCUAUGUAUAUCGAGGAGCUGAAGAGCUCAGUCAACCAGCUGAUGGCUAACCUGGAGAGCAUGCCGGUUUCAAAGGGAGGAGAGUUUAAACUGCAGAAGCUAAAGAGGGGACACAACACCUCCAUCAUUGAUAUGGGACAGGAAGAUGAAAACCAGCUGUCCAAGUCUGAUGUUGUGCUGUCUUUCACACUUGAGGUGGUGAUUAUGGAAGUUCAGGGGUUGAAGUCACUGGCUCCUAAUCGCAUUGUGUACUGCACAAUGGAGGUGGAAGGUGGAGAGAAGUUACAGACGGACCAGGCUGAGGCCUCCAAACCCACCUGGGGAACCCAAGGAGACUUCACCACCACACACCCUCUGCCGGCGGUCAAAGUGAAGCUCUUCACAGAGAGCACAGGGGUGUUGGCACUGGAGGACAAGGAGCUGGGCCGGGUGGUUCUUCACCCAACUCCAAACAGCCCAAAGCAGGCAGAGCUUCACAAGAUGACUGUGACCAAAGCCUGCCCUGAUCAAGAUCUGAAGAUCAAACUUGCCGUACGCAUGGACAAACCUCAGAACAUGAAGGCUUGUGGGUAUUUAUGGGCUGUUGGCAAAAAUGUUUGGAAACGCUGGAAGAAGCGCUUCUUUGUCUUGGUCCAGGUAAGUCAGUAUACCUUUGCCAUGUGCAGCUAUCGAGAGAAGAAGUCAGAACCACAGGAGCUGCUGCAGUUAGAUGGCUAUACUGUGGACUACACUGACCCACAGCCAGGUCUGGAUGGAGGCCGGGCUUUCUUCAAUGCAGUGAAGGAGGGUGACACUGUGAUCUUUGCCAGUGAUGAUGAGCAGGACCGCAUCCUAUGGGUGCAGGCCAUGUAUCGAGCUACUGGCCAAUCACACAAACCCGUCCCGCCCACCCAGGUCCAGAAACUGAAUUCUAAGGGCGGAGCUGCGGCACAGAUGGACGCCCCCAUUUCUCAGUUCUAUGCUGACAGGGCACAGAAGCACGGCAUGGAUGAGUUUAUCUCAGCUAACCCAUGUAGCUUUGAUCAUGCCUCGUUGUUCGAGAUGGUGCAGAGGCUCACGUUGGACCACAGGCUAAAUGACAACUUUGCAUGUCUGGGAUGGUUUAGCCCAGGUCAGGUGUUUGUUCUGGAUGAGUAUUGCGCUCGGAAUGGGGUGAGAGGAUGCCACAGACAUCUGUGUUACCUUGGGGACCUACUGGAGAGGGCAGACGCCGGGCACAUGAUUGACCCGACGCUGCUGCACUACAGCUUCGCGUUUUGUGCCUCCCAUGUUCACGGCAACAGUCAGAGGGGGUCUGAGUUACAGGGGGCUGGCUCAAAGUCAGGAGGGAAAAAGGAGUCUAAAAAAAAGAGGAAAUGUAAAACACAGCUGGCCCCUGAAAGCACAAGGCCUGAUGGUCUUGGAACGGUAACGGUGGAGGAAAAAGAACGCUUUGAGGAAAUCAAAGAGCGAUUACGUGUCCUUCUGGAGAAUCAGAUCACAAAUUUUAGGUAUUGCUUUCCAUUCGGUCGCCCUGAGGGAGCAUUGAAAGCCACUCUGUCUUUGCUGGAGAGGGUGCUUAUGAAGGACAUUGUGACCCCAGUCCCGCAGGAGGAAGUCAAGGCUGUCAUUCGUAAAUGCUUAGAGCAAGCAGCUCAAAUUAACUACCAGCGCAUCACUGACUACGCCAGAGUGGAAGGAAAAAAGAGGGAAAUGUAUGAUCAUCCUGUCUACUCCUUGGCUACACAAGUGAUGGAUUUAACCAUCCAGAAUGUAGCUAACCUAGCUACGCCUGCUAAAAAACUGGAGCAUGUCAUCCGCCUGGCAGAGUUAGUCAUUGAGGUUCUACAUCAGAACCAGGACCAUCACGCCGAGGCUGCGGUCACAAGUACAGGAGACCAGUCGGCCUUUGCAUGGUGGUCAGAUCUGAUGGUGGAGCACGCUGAGAACUUCCUGUCGCUCUAUGGAGUUGAUAUGGAUGCUGCUCUUGAGAUCCAGUCUCCCGAGAGCUGGGACAGUUUCCCGCUCUUUCAGCUUCUAAACGAUUUCCUCCGUACCGACUAUCACCUGUGUAACGGAAAGUUUCACAAGCAUCUGCAGGACCUGUACGCCCCUCUUGUGGUGCGAUAUGUGGAUCUUAUGGAGUCCUCCAUCGCUCAGUCCAUUCACAGGGGAUUUGAGCGGGAGUCAUGGGAGCCUGUAAAGAGUUUAACAAGUAAUCUGCCCAAUGUGAAUCUACCAAAUGUGAACCUCCAAAUUCCCAAAGUACCAAAUCUUCCCGUGCCAGUAGCAGGACUAUCUGUUAACCUUCCACAAAUGCCUAGCUUUUCCACUCCGUCCUGGAUGGCUGCUAUAUAUGACUCUGACAAUGGCUCGGGAACAUCAGAAGAUCUGUUCUGGAAGUUGGAUGCCCUACAGACCUUCAUCAGGGACCUACACUGGCCAGAAGAAGAGUUUGCCAAACACUUGGAUAAUCGUAUGAAGCUCAUGUCAAGUGACAUGAUUGAGACAAGCGUUAAACGCACCAGGGCAGCGUUCGAAUCUAAGCUGGCCAAAAGCAGCCGUUCCACAGAUUUCCGCGUCCCACUGUCCUUAUGCACCAUGUUCAAUGUGAUGGUGGACGCCAAGGACCAGUCUGCUAAACUGUGUGCCAUGGAAAUGGGCCAGGAGAAACAGUACCACUCUCAAAUCGAUGAUCUUAUUGAAGAGAGUGUAAAAGACAUGAUUUCCCUUUUGGUGGCAAAGUUUGUGGCCAUUCUGGAGAGUGUACUUGCCAAGAUCUCCAGGUAUGAUGAGGGAACUCUCUUCUCCUCCUUCCUCUCCUUCACGGUGAAAGCAGCAUCAAAAUAUGUGGAUGUCCCUAAACCAGGGAUGGAUGUUGCGGAUGGCUAUGUGACCUUUGUCCGUCACUCUCAGGACAUUCUGAGAGAUAAGGUCAAUGAGGAGGUGUAUAUAGAGAGAUUAUUUGAUCAAUGGUAUACAGCCACUAUGAAUCUGCUGGCGACCUGGCUGACUGACCGCAUGGACCAACAGCUUCAUGUCUAUCAACUCAAAAUCCUCAUCAGGAUUGUAAAGAAGAAAUACCGAGAUUUUAGGCUGCAAGGCGUUCUUGACUCUACACUGAACAGCAAGGCCUACGAUACGGUACGGAACCGGCUGACCCUGGAGGAGGCCACUGCCUCCGUCAGAGAGGGGGGCAUGCAGGGCAUCUCGAUGAAGGACAGCGAUGAGGAAGACGAGGAGGACGAUUAGAGCAUCGAGCCAUCCGGUGCCAGCCACCACCCUGAACCCGACCCGUCUAUCCAAGCCUACCCUACCCCAACACUUUAAACUUAGCCUGAUAACGUAAGAUGCAUGUAACAACUCUGAUUACCCAGUUAGCCACUCUAGGAUCUCCCCCCAUCAGCUCCAGUUGCCCACAAAGAAGCUAAAAAACAAUAAAAAUCAAAGAAUUGUACUAAAGCGUAAAAGGAACGUUGCGAAGACCAUGAUUGGCAAUUUUAGCUGUGUCAUAACAUAAUAAAGAACAACAAACUAGCACCAAUUUUUCAACUCAUUUAUUUGAGGAAUUUGUUUCUAUGUGUUCCUAAGCAAUAUGGAGUACCAUUUGUUUGAUAAUGUCGAGUGAGAUUAUUAGGUGUGUCCCUGUCCAAUGCGAUAACAUAUAUGGCGCUUCUUUGACGUACUCUUACAUACAUUAAUGGUACAUUGUUGUGAAGAUGAGUGUAUGGACCCUUUUCUUUGUCUUGUCUGUUUUUAAAGUGGAUGCCAACUGCUUCGAAACUAAAAAUGAACCUCUGUAUUUCAGUUCAGAACUGUUAACUGUAAAUGUCUUCUGUGUCUGCACAUUUCCAUUGUACUUUUUCCUUAUUUGUGUCGAGGCUCUGUGGCCCAAUGUUGCAAAUAUCCAACUAGGCAUUGUCUCACAGGCAUCUUAAAAUGAAAAUGAAUUGGUAUUCUAGAAAUGCAAUAUCGUCAUACCUCCAUUUUGAUAUCUCAUUGGAGACGUCUUUUAAUUAGAUGUCAGAAAUGACAACAAAAACGGCUAUAUUUUUGGUUCGGUUUCACUCUUACAGAGGAUCUCUCUCUAUAUCUCUCUUUUUUAAGUUUGUAUGUCCAAUUAAAGUCAUUCUCUUUAUGUUAGUAGAUCUGUUGAAACUGCUAUGUGCCAUUUUUGGGGUCUCACUAUUGUUUUUGUAUAUAUGAAGCUGUACAUUGCAUUCUGAGCCAUUGCUGCAUGCCUGUGGGAUCCACCUUCUCCAAAAGCUUUUUUGUUUUUCUGUGUCAAUUAGCUGGUGGAUUCAUUCUUGCGUUUGCCUUAUCAAAGCCAACAGUUGUAAUAUGCAAGAGCUGUGGCCUCUCAAUAAAGAUAACAUGAUGUACUAA